GAAUAUUCCAAGGUAGAGUUUGGUCUCGGGCAGAAAAAGGUUCCACACUCCUGUCCCCUGGCCCUCCCUGUUGAGCGCCAGUCUCCGCCACAUACCAAGUAGGGUGCUGGGAUUAUUCUGCAUUUACAGGUGGUGCCACGGGAAUGGGGCAUAUUGCGCAACUGAAGAGACCAUGCCCCCCACCCAGACUUCAGCGCCUCCUCCAAGAGGAAGCUAUUGCAACAUCUGUAAGCCUAAGAAGGAGAACACAACUGCUCAUACAACAUGGGAGGGGGUUUUGAUCCUGCCUCUCAGUGGCAAAUUUUAUGCCAUAUCUGUGCUGUGCUGGGACGUCGCUUGGGAGCUCUGUGGCAUCGGUCCCUGCAAGUGGCUGAUCUAUGAAAUGGCAGAGAAUGACACAGAUUGUGACCAGAGGCGCAUAGGAAUGAACAAAGAGCAACACAAUGGAAACUUCGCAGAGCCCUCUUCGCUGAGCGAACAGAAACGGCGGGAGCGAGACGAGCGGCAGAGUAUUGUGCUCUGGAAGAAACCACUUCUUACCCUGCAGUAUUUUUCCCUGGAAACAUUCAUAAACUUGAAAGAAUGGACCAUAAAGCUGUGGCAUCGGCGAAGUAUUGUGGUGUCGCUCUUAGUGCUGCUGGCAGUCCUCACGUCCGCGUAUUAUAUCGAGGGAGCGCAUCAACAGUAUGUGCUUUACAUGGAGAAGAAGCUCUUAUGGUGUGCCUACUGGGUAGGCUUGGGGAUUCUGUCCUCGGUCGGACUUGGAACAGGUCUGCACACUUUCCUCCUCUACUUGGGUCCACACAUCGCUUCAGUGACGCUUGCUGCUUAUGAAUGCAACUCUGUGGAUUUCCCUGAGCCUCCGUAUCCUGACCAAAUUACCUGCCCUGUGGAAGAGGGGGUUGAAGGAUCAAUUUCUUUAUGGACCAUCAUCUCGAAAGUCAGGCUAGAGGCCUGCAUGUGGGGUGCUGGUACAGCCAUUGGGGAGCUGCCUCCUUACUUCAUGGCCAGAGCGGCCCGUCUCUCUGGAGCAGAGCCCGAUGAUGAAGAGUAUCAGGAAUUUGAGGAGAUGCUGGAACAUGCUGAGACUGCACAGGAUUUUGCAUCCCGUGCUAAGCUGGCUGUCCAGAACCUUGUGCAGAAAGUUGGAUUCUUCGGUAUCCUGGCGUGUGCUUCAAUUCCGAACCCCCUCUUUGACCUGGCAGGAAUAACAUGCGGGCACUUCCUUGUUCCUUUUUGGACUUUCUUCGGCGCCACCCUGAUUGGAAAAGCAAUAAUCAAGAUGCACAUACAGAAACUUUUUGUGAUCAUCACAUUCAGCAAGCACAUAGUGGAACAGAUGGUGUCCUUAAUUGGUGCCGUCCCCCGUGUAGGUCCGUCGCUUCAAAAGCCCUUUCAAGAAUAUUUGGAAGCUCAGCGGAUGAAGCUCCACCACAGAGCUGAUGGAGCACCCCAGGCUGACAGCUGGCUGUCCUGGACAUUUGAAAAGUUGGUGAUUGUCAUGGUGUGCUAUUUCAUAUUGUCCAUUAUUAAUUCCAUGGCUCAGAGCUACGCCAAGCGUCUCCAACAGCAAAUGUCCUCAGAGGAGAAAACCAAAUGAGCUGUGGAGGGAGAGAGGGACCCCACAUUUAACGGGGAUGACCAGCCUCGCAUUAAAAAAGGCAUUAUUUGAAGGAGAGGGGUGUGGGAGAGGGUGAAUUGGUUCUUGGGGGAGGGGGGAUCGCUAUUACUGUUUUCCACCACUCUACAGUUAGAGUAACCCUGCCAUUAGCAAGUGAUUCUCAUUAACCACCUUUUGUACUUCAAAGGUAAAAUGCGUGCUCUUGUUUAAAUUUCAUCCCGUUGGGACAUUGCAGGGGGACAUUAAACUCCUUGUUUUAACAGAGGUGCUCUCCAUGGAAGUGACCUGCUUCCCCAAUUACUGGGUUUUAUUUAUUUUUUUAAAAGCAAGCAAGCAGCACAACGCAAAACUUCCUGAAACAUCUUGCCGCCCCGCUUGCCGCCGAGGGCAAUUGUCAAGGUCGGCAGCUGGGACGUUCCAUCCCAGUCUUUAACCGAAAUAGUCUUAGAUUGACUGACCAUUGACUGACCGCCUUGCAUGGUUCUUGUGCUGACCUCUUGAGUUCUUGAACGUUCUCCACUUCAUUGUGUCCUGUUCUCGGGCGGGCGGAUGGGUACAGAAGUGUCAAACCUUUAUAACAUUUGUGAACAGAGAGACCAGGUGCCGUCUAAUUGCCAGAUUUCUGCUUUCUUUUUCUUUUCUUUCCUUUUUUUAAAAAAAUCUGUACAUCUAGAAUGACGUUAAGAUGAUAAAUACAUAUAAAAUCUCCUUGGAUCAUUCCAGA